GCACCGGGCGCACGCAAAGACGACGGUGCGCGCUCACGUUAAACGCCGUUUCGGCUUCGAGGAGGGAGAAGUGAUAGUUGGUUGUUUCGCGCGAGCGCCAAAAAAAAAUAAAAGAUAAAUUCGCUCUUUUCCACAUGCGAGAUCUGUUCGGCGCCUGACCAAAAACAAAACGCACAAGCACCGCGAGAUACAAAACGAAAAGGGGAGGGAGGGAUCGCACGUCGUGCGCGACAGAAGCAGGAGCACUCAAGGCUGGCUGUUCAUUACUGGGAGGCAUGGCGCAGACUAACAGCUAUGGACAGAGCAGCAAUGGAGUAGCCGAUGAGUCUCCCAACAUGCUCAUCUACAGAAAAAUGGAGGACAUUAUUGCUCGGAUGCAGGACGAGAAAAACGGCAUUCCCAUUCGCACAGUGAAGAGUUUUCUGUCCAAGAUUCCCAGUGUGUUUUCAGGUUCAGAAAUUGUGCAGUGGAUGAUCAAAAACCUAGACAUCGAAGAUCAAGUUGAGGCUCUUCACCUGGGAACUCUGAUGUCUGCACAUGGAUAUUUCUUUCCUAUCUCUGAUCAUGUCCUAACAUUGAAGGAUGAUGGGACGUUUUAUAGAUUUCAGACCCCCUACUUCUGGCCAUCGAACUGCUGGGAACCAGAAAAUACUGAUUAUGCUGUUUACCUCUGUAAGCGGACGAUGCAGAAUAAAGCCCGGCUGGAACUUGCUGACUAUGAAGCUGAGAGUUUAGCACGGCUACAGAGAGCUUUUGCACGGAAAUGGGAGUUUAUAUUUAUGCAAGCAGAAGCACAAGCUAAAGUGGAUAAAAAACGGGACAAAAUCGAGCGCAAGAUUCUGGACAGUCAAGAACGAGCAUUCUGGGAUGUGCACAGACCUGUGCCUGGCUGCGUGAAUACGACUGAAGCUGACAUCAAGAAAUCGUCCAGGAUGAAACAACCUCACAAAACACGGAAGUCGGUGUAUGGGCUACAGAAUGAUGUCCGCGGUCACAGUCCCACACACACCAGCACACCUGAGAUUAAGGAGCCCACUGAGGAGGAGCUACAGGAACAGAUACAGUAUUGGCAAGCGCAGAUGGACAGACAUCGAUUAAAAAUGUCCAAAGUUGCAGAAAGUUUGUUGGGCUACACAGAGCAGUACAUUGAGUACGAUCCUUUCUUAACCUCACCUGAACCAUCAAACCCGUGGAUCUCAGACGACAACACCCUCUGGGACCUGGAAGCCAGUAAGGAACCUGGUCAGCAGAGAGUGCGGCGGUGGGGUUUCAGGUUUGACGAGGUUCUGAAGGACCCUGUAGGGAGAGAACAGUUCCUGAAGUUCCUGGAAUCUGAAUUUAGCUCUGAGAACCUGUGCUUCUGGCUGGCUGUGCAGGAGCUUAAAAAACGGCCGAUCCGUGAGGUGCCCAAUCGUGUGCAGGAGAUAUGGGAUGAGUUUCUGGCACCUGGAGCCCCAAAUGCCAUCAACCUUGACUCCAAAAGCUACGAUAAGACCAUGCAGAAUGUCAAAGACCCCGGACGCUACACGUUUGAAGACGCUCAGGAGCACAUCUACAAGCUGAUGAAAAGCGACUCAUACAGCCGCUUCAUUCGAUCCAGUGCCUACCAGGAGCUAUUACAGGCAAAGAAGAAGAAAAGCAAGAAUUUGUUCUAAACAAGUGGAUGCUGGGACAUCAAAACCACGAUCCCCACGCCUCUACUUUCUUCAGGAAGAGGAAGAGGAGCGUGUGAUUUUUUUUGUACAUUACUGUAAUCUACUGUGUUUCAUAAUAAACCCAACACGGAGGUAGAGCA